GCCAUAAGCAUCGAGAGUGUGUGUCGCGUCACGUUGUGAUAUAACGUGGCUGCAGGCGCGAGGAGACGGCCUUUUUUGCUCUUUGCGCCUAUGUCCAUGCAUACAGACGUAAAAGUACACGGUUUAGAAAAAAAUUGAAAGGGGUACGAGUCGAGAGAGUUUCGGGGAUACGAAUUUUGCGCGCGCUGCGCUCCGCGCGUGUAAUUGUUCAAUUUUCCCCGUAGUUGAACCGAUUUUUCGUCGCGUGUGAUCCAAGUGUUGGAAAUAAUUGCAAAUUAUCGAUGUUGAGCGGAGGGUGAAAAAAAAAAAAAAAUAAUAAUAAUAAUAAGAAAUUGACGUGUGUUGGAAUGGAAUAAUGAGUGCGCCGUGACUAUGACGAAGCAGCCCACGAGGACGAUCACGAUGCAGCAGCAGCGUCAGCAGUCGCCGAUUCUAUCUUCCACGGCGUCUCUACCGAUUUUCGAGGAGCAGCUGUUGCCGGUGAUCGCGUCACGCGUAUGAAGCGAAGACACCGUAAUUAACAUCUCUUUCGAGAGAACAAAGAUCGAAUCGAAAAAUCGAGACAGCGAGAGGAUGAAAAAAAGCAAAAUGAAACUGAACUGGUGGCGAUUGUCGAGGCUCCGGACCACGACCACCACCGCUUCUCCUGUGUUAAUGUUGUUGUUAUUGUUGAUGAUGAUGAUGUGCGUCGUCGAGGCCAGCGAAUUUCCCGAGCGCGAGUGCUGCGAUCCGAUCUAUCCGAUGCCCGAUCCGACGAGCCGACUGCCGAACGUGCCGUCGCCCACCGGCAAGACUGGUUCGGACAAGACGACGGCGAUACUGAACUGCCUUUACGCCAGGAAGCUCUGCUUCGAGCACGCCUCCUGCAGCGCCAUACUCGAGGUCAUACCGAGGGUCUGCGGACCGGAAUUGGUGGCGUGCUCGACGGUGACGGUGUCCAAAUGCCAGGCUGCCUUGAAGAGCUUGCAAGCUUUCGAGUUCUUCAAGCCGACGUGUCUCUGCCACGAGCCUCACGUCGAUCCCGAGUGCAAUGAUUUUCGUGACUUCCUUUUUGACCAUAAAUGCAUUUACGUUAAUAAAAAAGAAAAAGAUCCGUACUCGAUCGAAGCUCUUCCGACGUGCAAUCACGCGCUGAGCGAGUGCCAGCGCGACAAGUCCUGCGUCAAGCUCUACGACGACUUCAAGACCAACUGCAAAACGCGAGACGGCAGAUGCAGAAUGGAAAAUCGCGACGCGUGCACCGAGGCAUGGACGCAGCUGCGCCUCUCACCUAUGUUCGGCUGCAUCUGCCCGGACAACGGCGCGAAGAAGCGCUGCGACCGGAUUUUCUCCAUGGUGAAUCACAAUCCCUGCGUCGUGAACGUCAUAUCGAACAGCGACAAUACGACGACCCUCGAGCUGAUCGAGUCGCAGGUGCAGAAUCCGCUGAUCGACGCCGACCAUCAGGAUCUGCACGCGCUCAAGCAGCUGCCGAUACCGAACGUGCCGCACCAGCACAGGAUCGUCACGUCCUCCUCCUCGUCGCACGGUCAUCGCUCUAAGAAUCAAUCGUCGUCGUCGUCGGCUCAGGCUGCACAACAACACAACGGCGGCUCCUCGGACGAUCGAGAAGAUGGUCUCGCGGCGCCAUCGUCAUUACCGGACAACAACGAGAGGUUAUUACUCGCUCAGCAGCAGCCAGCCAAAGUCGUUCUCUCCAGCACGUGUCAUCACGCUUACACCGCUUGCAAAAACGAUCCGAGCUGCUCGAAUCUGCUGCAGCCGGUGCUGAGCCGCUGCGAUCACUCGAGCUGCGCCCGGAACGAGUGCCUGUCGGCGCUCGAGCACUUUUACAAAGCCGCCGCGCACAAACACUCGCUCGAGAUAGCUUUCUGCCUCUGCAGAAAAUCCGAGGGCAAGAGGGACGAGUGCAUGAUGGCUCAGGAGAAGCUGCAUCCGAGCUGCGCGCUGAGAGCCCCGGCGGGACAGGAGAAACCGACGUGCAACGCGCUCGCCACCUCCUGCCGGCAGCGACCUUCCUGCAGAGCGAAACUGGAGCACUACGAGCAGAACUGCGCCGUGGACAGCGUGACGAAGAAGUGCGCCGGGCCGGCGCAGGGCUGCCGCACGGCGCUGCUCGGCAUACUGGGCACGGAGCUGCGCACCGCCUGCGACUGUCGCGGUACCGAUUUCGCGCCGAUCUACGAGUGCCUCGGCUGGCAGCGACUGCUCUGGGUCAAUCCUUGCGUAGCCGCGGCUCAAAAGGACUUCCACGCGAGGCGCAGUCGUCAUCACGGCCACGGCAGGUCCGGGACGAGCACCAGUGGGCCAGCGACGAUAGCGAAAACGCCGAGGACGACGACGACCAAAACGACGACGACGACGACGCAACGAGCCACGUGGCCGACCGUCGUGACGCCCAGAGCCUCGCUGGUCGCGGCGACGAGCUUCGAGAGUUUGCCGGAAGAGGAGGUGGAGGUCGAGGAGGAGCGUCGCCACGAGGCCGAGGACAACAACGUCAUACCGGACGUGCCGACGGUACGAUCGAUCGAGGAGAGUCAUCGUUUUAACAAGGAGUCGAUCGCGGCGGAGUCGGACGCGGCCAGCGCGACGACGAGUACGACGGCCACGACGACGCCGAUGAGUUCGACCAAGGCUCCGACGACGACGACGACGACGACGACGACGACGCCGGCUCCGACUACGCCUAGCACGACGACCACGAGUACAGUGCCACCACGUUUUUGCGUUUAUCAAAGGCCAAGCCAGUCGCACCAGCAGUACAUACGCGAGGGUAAAGGCAAAAGGUUUUACAAAGACAGCGAGCCGGACGAGUGCUCGGAGCUGUGCCAGUGCGGCGAGGGCGAGCGGCUGACCUGCAACGUCAUCUGCGUGAAAUCGUCGCCCUGCAAGACCGACUUCGCCUUUUACAAUCACGCGGCGCCGGCCUAUCAGGCUUACCGGGGCCGCUGCCUCUGCUACAGCGGUCGCUUCAUAUGCAUGCGGCCGUCUCCCGAUACCUACAAUAUACCGCACGGAGUCUUCAUGUUCCUCGGGUACAGCGAGACCGAUGAAAACUUGCUCAAACCUUUGAAUAAUUUGACGGUGGUAGAUGCCGUCGUCUCGCUCGACAAUUUCAUGCGAGAGGAGGUCAAUAAUCAGACUAUCUGUACUCUCUUCCUGUACAAUAUAACGAAGGAGAACGUCAUAGCCGCGGCUCGACUGACCAACGACAACGCGCUGCAGCAGGCCAACGUGUCGGAGGAGGAAAAUUUGCGGCAUCUGAUGCGCGUCAAGGAGGAGUGCGCCACUAUGCUUCAAGAAUUGAGCGAGAAGAUCAACAAUCGCCAUCAGGAGGUGCACAGCCAUCCUCUGCUCUCGAUCUUCAAGAUGGCCGAGGUCGAGAUCAAGCUGCCUCGCACGAGCAGCGGAUCAGCGUCGCCCGUCGUCGAUACUUCCUGGUGGUACUCGUCGAUGCUCGGCUGCGCGGUGGCUCUGCUGCUCUGCACCUCCACCUCCGCGUCGUCGUGACCGCUGCUCGUGGCCUCGUCGCGGUGCGAUUAACGAAGCAGCAGCAGCAGCAGCAGCUGAGACAGACUUUUUUCCUCCGUCGUCGAGCAGUGACCGCCGCAAACUUUUUUCGCACAAUCGCGCGUUGCAUCGCCUAAAAAAGCGACGGAAAGAGCACGCGCCUCGCGUGUUCAAUUGAGAUUCCUUUUUUUAUUUUCCGUUCUCUGCGUUUGAAACGUUUCUCGAAUCGAUACAUACGCGUGCCGUAUGUAGCACAGCUGAGGUUGAGAUUGUGUGUACGAACUUUUUCUAUAUGUAUUAUAAUAAAUAUAUAUGCUACGCGUAAAUUAACUGUUGUAAUUAUAAAAA